AAGCCGCAGAAGAAACUUUGACCACUUCAGUUGUUAGCCUAGCAGUGGAGACACAGAUCUCCUUUAUUGUUUACAAGUCCCGCGUUUGUCUGACUAGCCCUUUUUAAAAGAUGUGGUUUAUUUAUUUACUCAGCUGGUUGUCGCUGGUGGUGCAGAUAUGUUUCGUUACUCUCGCUAUCGCUGCAGGCCUGUAUUAUCUGGCAGAGUUAAUAGAGGAGUACACAGUCUCCACCAGCCGCAUUAUAAAAUACAUGAUUAUGUUCUCCACAGCGGUGCUGGUGGGACUCUAUCUGUUCGAGGGCUUCCCCACGCUCAUGAUCGGAGUGGGUCUCUUCACCAACCUGGUUUACUUCGGUCUGCUGCAGACGUUUCCUUACAUCAUGCUGACCUCACCGAACUUCAUCCUGUCAUGUGCACUGGUUGUGUUAAACCACUAUAUGGCCUUCCAGUAUUUUGCUGCAGAGUACUAUCCUUUCUCUGAGGUUCUAGCGUACUUCACUAUAUGUCUGUGGGUGAUUCCGUUCUCGUUCUUCGUUUCGCUCUCUGCUGGGGAGAAUGUUCUUCCAUCCACUGUGCAGCAGGGAGAUGAUGUGGUGUCAAAUUACUUCACUAAAGGCAAGCGGGGCAAGCGCUCGGGCAUCCUGCUCAUCUUCUCCUUCCUGAAGGAGGCCGUUUUACCGAGCCGACAGAAGAUGUACUGAUGCAGCGGUUCAGAUGCGCCUCAAACGGAGGGGUUUGGGAGGGUUUGUUCAAGCCACCGGCCUCUUUCAGUGGACAGUGUGUUUUUUGUGGGAGGAACGAUAAUAAUGAGAGGGAGAGGACCAGAUCAGAACAAACACACACACACACACAAACUAAACCCUCGAAUGAACUCACCGUCUGUUGAUUCGUGUUCAGAGU